AUGAGAGAAGUUCUAGUUAUUGGCGGCACCGGCGCCCAAGGCCUGCCAGUUGUCAAAGCCCUUUCCUCCAGCAAGCAAUUUUCCGUCCGGAUCCUUACUCGAGAUGCAAAGUCUGCUCGGGCGCAAGAAAUUGUGAAGCUGCCCAAUGUGUCCGUGGUUGAAGGCCGACAGGAUAGCCAGGAAGAUUUGCAUAGAGCCUUCAAGGGUGUUUAUGGAGCAUGGGUUAACACCGAUGGUUUCACCCUUGGGGAGAAAAAUGAGCUGUUCUAUGGCUGUCGAGCAUAUGAAAUCGCAAGAUAUCAUGGGGUGCAGCAUUACAUCUAUGCCUGCGCCGACUUCGCCCUUAAGCAUGCUAAAUGGGAUGAGAAUUACCACUGGGGCCAUAAUGACGCCAAGGGCAGAGUGGCAGAAUAUAUUCUGGCCCAGGGGCAGGAUGGAAUGAAAAGCUCCGUGCUUACCACCGGUCCUUACAUGAACAUGCUUUGGGAUGGCAUGUUUGUCCCUACCCAGCAACCUGAUGGGAUAUUUGUCUGGGCUAAUCCGGCAAAAUCCGGCAAAAUACCUCUCAUAGCCCUGGAGGAUAUUGGACAUUAUUCUCUUUGGCUGUUGAACAAUCCCGAGAAGUCCGCAGGGCUAGACCUCAAAGUUGCAACAGAUGAAGUCAGUUUUGCGGACAUAGCCGCCGUUUUCACGGAGGUGACAGGAAAGAAAGGAGUACACAGGUUCGUACCCCUUGAGGAGUACCUACCCAUGGCUGAACCUUUUCCGAACGCCCCCGCGAAUUUUGCUGCCGGUCCAAAUGCUAUCAAAGAUGAAGCAACUAUGUCAUGGCGCCGAAAUUUUUCGGCUUGGUGGAGAUACUGGGGAGAAGGCCUUGCUGAACGCAGAGAUAUGGCUCUUCUGGAUAGAAUCCAUCCGGGUCGCAUCAAGUCUCUGGGUGCAUGGAUGAGAUUGGUGCACUACGAUGGGCAGCCAAGGAAUGUGCUGAAGGGAGUCGAAGAUUUGAAACGAGCGGCAGCGUUAGUGCAGCAGCAGCAACCCUCUGGUUGAGUCUACACUUGAUGCAGCAAAAUCUUGUCUGUGUAGGCAAGCAUUAUUUUUACGCCAGUCUGUGAAGAGUUUGUUCAGUGGAUCUUAAUGCAAGCCGUAAAAACGGUGUGAGGGUAGGUAGAGCUAUUCCAUGAAUAUUGCAGUGUUGAAAGUAAGUUUGCCUUUUAGUUUGCUCUUCUUUUGGACUGGAUAAUGAAGCUUGUUCCGGAUUUGGUUACCUUGUGUAGACAGCCGACUUUCCAAUGCAAAGGAGUUCUUGAGAACAUUUCUUUUGCCACAAACUGAUUUGGCGUCCGGGAAGUAAGGCAUUUUUCUGCGCGCGUAUACUGACUGAAAAUGGUGAUUGUCUUAUGUAUAUGGAGCACAUAACUGAGCCUGUAAUAUCGCGAACCACUAAGUAGUAGAUGAUUUGGGCAAUCAGGUUCAGCUGCGAAGUUAACAUUUUAGGUGUUUGAAAAUCA